CAGACAUACUAUGAAUGAGGGCAUAGGGUUUUACACCUCUCCGCGCACCAACAAGUGUCAAAACGCUCGAACCCAAACCCUCCCUCCCCCGACCAGGCAACCACCAUCAAUGGCGACCCCCCCAGCGGCGGCGCCAUCGCCGGUGAGGCUUCGGCUGGUGUUCGACGACCGCUGCCUCCUCCGGCGGGCGCAGCGGGACGAUGGCCUCCGGCGCUGCUGGCUGCUCCUCCGCCCGGAGCUCGCCACCGUCGCUGACCUCGCCGCCCACGUCUCCGCCCGCUUCCGCCUCCGCCGCUCCUGCCCCCGCGGCGUCGUCCUCUCGAUUGAUGGGUUUGCCUUGCCACCAUUUGAGUCUACUUGCAUCUUCAGGGACAAGGAUAUCAUAAGGGUUAAACAAAAAUGUUGCAAGAAGAUGGUAGGACAUAACGAUGUGCACCGUAUUCAAGAUGAUGAAAUCCUUGCGAUUGAGUAUCGAAAGGAUGGCUGUGAGGAACAUGGUGAUCAUCAGCCUGAAGAAAAUGCAACUGUUAGCCACAAUGUAAAAAAUGAUGAUGCAAGUUCGAAGAGGAAGUGGUGUGAUGGCGAUGCAGGGAUACCUGAGAGCUCAAAGAAAAAGAAGCUGAAGGUAACAAACCCUGGAAAGCACAUAGGUUGCAGCAAGGAAGAAAAUGUUCAACAAUACCAGGAUCAGAGUGGAUCGAAAAAGUUGAUGCCUUCAUCUAUUGAUAUUAAAGCGACGAAGGCAACCCUGCAAGCUGAAACUACUGCUGCGUUGGAGGAAAAACAAAAAACAGAGAUGAACAAUCGAAUCGGAUUGAAUUGUGAGACGAAGGUGGCAGACUGUAAUGCUCAAAGAGACACAAAAAAGUUAGAGAGUCGAAGUGCUCGUCGCAAGAAACUCAAGAGGCAACUUAGGCAGAAAGCCAAAGCACAAUUGUUAAAGAGUGUGCAAGAGGAGUCACCAAUAGCUGCUGAUUGUCCAUCGUCAAUCAAUCAAGAAGGCUUGCCUUGCCCAUCAAGCAAUCAAAAUGGAUCUCAUGUUCCAUUUUCAAGCGAUGAAACAGACGAGGAAGAAUCUGAUACAUCCGAAGAUAUUGUUCCCGUAGUGGUUCGGCCUGGACACAUUCGCUUUGAGCCAGCAGGUGGAGAAUCUGAGAAGCUGCCAGCGAAGGAAACACAGGGCACUUUCCAAUGGAGUGGAACAAUGAGCAAAAAGAAGGGUCAGAAGUGGGGAAUGAAUAACUCAAACAAGAAAAACAUUGAUAUCAACAAUCAUGCAAGAAUAACUGGAAGUAGCACUGAAGUCAACCAUCAUGUGGUGGACAGUAAGAUGGCCAAAAAUGGUUUUUGUGGUGUCACUGAUCAAAAGGUUGGUGAAGGUAGUAUUAAUGAGUCAGAAAGUGUGAAGACUCUUGCCGAGGAAGGAAAAUCUACUGGUGAACCUUUGGAUUUUGAGAGCUUGUAUCCCCUAACGCGACUUCCAAAGGAGGGAGAUUUGAUUGCCUAUCGAUUGGUUGAGCUGUCUUCCUCAUGGUGUCCGGAGAUUUCUUCAUACCGUGUCGGUAAAGUUCUGAUAUAUGACCCCAUAUCAUUGAGAAUUAUUCUCUUACCUGUUCCGGAGUAUCCAAUCAUUAGUGAGGAAAACAAACCUGAGGACGAGUCAGAUAUGCUUGUGGACAUGUCACCUUACAAGGAAGAUGGCUCCUUGGAGAUCGAGUACUCUUCCCUUCUUGAUGUAAGGCUGCUGAAGGGUGAUGAGUCAGUACCAGUGGCUGUUAAUACCCCCUCUACAGAAACAAGCAAGAUAGGUGGAUCACUGGUUGGAAAGCCAGUUACCUUAGACAAAAAUAAAGGUAACAGUGACAGCCAGAAAGCACACUUGGUGCCAAAUAACAUGAAAGCUCCACAAACCACACCAGAGAAAACACAGAAUAAGGUUUGGGAAGGAACUGGUGAGGCCCCCAAUGACAAGCCUGAAGUUCAGGAAAAUGGCUGGGGAACUUGGACACUAAAUGCUAGCACUUCUGCUUGGUCAUUAAGAGCACUAAGAAGCAGUGCCAUUGGUCCGACAGUAGCAAUUUUGAGAGGGAAAAACAGCCAGAGAGGUAAACCAUACAAUCGACAGUAUGGGAAGUGAUGACCUGAGUACCGCAAAGUUAGGAUAACUAUGUAAUUGCAGGUUGAUCCGUUCUUUUUGGAGAAGAUCGAAUUGAUCAUGUUUUGUAUGCAAAGUUUGUCAGGAAGAUUGACUAUGCUACUGCCGUUCAGGUCAAUUAGAAAUCUAAACUAUCGAAUGCUGACCGUUUCUGUUCCUA